UUUACGUAAUCCAUUAUUAUUGUACAUGUGAACGAAACUUGCAACCAGCUGCAACUAUCAGGUUCGUUGAGGUUAGAACACAACACACUUUCUCUCUCUUUGUCUCUCUCUCUAGAAUCACGAUCAUGAAGUACAGCAACAACAGCACCACCAAUUUCUGCGCCGCGUUGUUUUUUGUUCUCAUAUUCCAUUAGUGUCAGUGUCACUGUCUCUAUUCCGCUUCACUUUCCCUUCUUCUUCUUCCACUCUUUCCAACCGACACAAAAAUGGAAACGGUGGCCGCCGCUUUUUUCUUCGCCGCCGUGGUUCUGUCGGCGGUUGGCGGGUCGCCGGUGACUCUGACGCUGGAAAGAGCGUUCCCUUCGAAUGAUGGGGUGGAAUUGAGUGAGCUCAGAGCGAGGGACAGCCUCAGACAUCGUAGAAUGUUGCAGUCUACUAACUACGUUGUAGAUUUCCCUGUCAAAGGCACCUUCGAUCCCUCACAAGUCGGGCUUUACUAUACAAAGGUGAAAUUGGGUACUCCUCCAAGGGAAUUCUAUGUGCAGAUUGACACUGGCAGUGAUGUUCUCUGGGUUAGUUGUGGGUCCUGCAACGGUUGUCCUCAGACAAGUGGGCUCCAAAUUCAGCUCAAUUACUUUGAUCCUCGGAGUUCAUCAACAUCUUCGUUGAUCUCUUGUUCAGACCGAAGGUGCAGGAGUGGAGUACAGACCUCGGAUGCAAGCUGUUCCAGUCAGAACAACCAGUGCACUUACACAUUUCAGUAUGGAGAUGGUAGUGGGACAUCAGGCUAUUAUGUCUCAGACUUGAUGCAUUUUGCUGGUAUUUUUGAGGGAACCUUGACAACAAAUUCUUCGGCAUCUGUAGUUUUUGGUUGUAGCAUCCUGCAGACUGGGGACUUAACAAAGUCUGAGAGAGCAGUUGAUGGGAUAUUCGGAUUUGGGCAACAGGGCAUGUCUGUCAUUUCCCAACUCUCGUUGCAGGGAAUAGCACCAAGAGUGUUCUCCCAUUGCCUGAAAGGAGAUAAUAGUGGUGGGGGCGUAUUGGUUCUUGGUGAAAUUGUGGAGCCAAACAUAGUUUAUAGUCCACUUGUUCAAUCACAGUACGUUCAUUUGUUAGAGCCACAUUACAAUUUAAAUCUGCAGAGCAUCUCUGUUAAUGGCCAAAUUGUGCCAAUUGCCCCUGCAGUUUUUGCUACAUCAAACAACAGAGGUACCAUUGUUGAUUCUGGAACAACUUUGGCAUACCUUGCAGAAGAGGCUUACAAUCCCUUUGUCAAUGCGAUUACAGCUCUUGUUCCACAAUCUGUACGCAGUGUUCUUUCCAGAGGAAAUCAGUGUUACUUAAUAACCACCUCCAGCAAUGUUGACAUUUUUCCACAAGUAAGUCUGAACUUCGCUGGUGGUGCAUCUCUGGUUUUAAGACCACAGGAUUACCUUAUGCAGCAGAAUUAUAUUGGCGAGGGAUCAGUGUGGUGUAUUGGCUUUCAGAGAAUUCCGGGGCAAAGUAUAACUAUUCUAGGAGACCUCGUAUUAAAAGACAAAAUUUUUGUCUACGAUCUUGCUGGUCAACGCAUUGGAUGGGCUAACUAUGAUUGUUCAUUGCCGGUUAAUGUAUCUGCAUCAGCUGGUAGGGGCAGAAGUGAGUUUGUGGACGCGGGAGAGCUAAGUGGCAGCUCUUCUUUACGUGCUGGGCUUCACAUGUUGAUAAAUACACUGUUCCUUGCUCUCUUCAUGCACAUAACUUUAAUUUUGUAGCAUGUGGAAUUGGAACUGAUAUUCUUUUUUGCUAUGUAUAUUCUCUUGCCGCUAUAUAAUUGCGGCAUUGUGCAAGACCACACGUUACUACUUGGAUUGUUGCUUGUGUUUUUUUUUCCUACACAGUAUAGGGUUGUCUGUUUUAGCUUCAUGUGUUUAUGUAAGUCACUCAUUUUGCCUCUCGGGGAUUUUGUAUUUUUGUAGCAUUGUAAAUUAACAUGAUUAUUGAUUGAAAUUUGAAACGAAGAUACAAGUUAUACCUCA